UUCUUGCUCCGGUGUGAGGAGUUGGGCUACAAGCCGACGACGGCAUUAUUUAUGAAUCUGUACCAGAUAGGCCGAGGAAGCCACAAGAACUGUGCGGCCUACGCUACUCUUCAGCAGCUGCCGAAGAAGAGGAGCUUCACGGAUUUGCCUACGUCCAUUCAUGGGUGGAAGAGCAAGUUCGUGUUUGUGUCCACUGGUGAGAGUGGCACCGAGUUUCCUCCCUCGGCCACACCGGGAGAUUUAAUCUGCAUGACCCGCCGAAGAGCUCUAUUUUGGACGCUCAGGUGGAGGCUUUCCUGGAGGGGGGGCCGAGGAGCGUGAAAGAUUACAUCACUGAGUACAAGAUGGCCGCCCUCGGCUCCGUGAGGUACUAUGUUUAUGGUGACAAGGAGGAUGACCUCCAACUCUGGCUGAGGAUGACCACCACCUUUGAGGAGGCCGACGGCCCGGACUUGGGCAUUCCUGCUGAGGCCGAUGAUUUUAUCAUGGACCGCCGUUCCAUGAUGGCUAUUGCAAAGGCCAAAGCGGCUGAGGAGAUUGCUGCUAAGGCGGCCGAAGCGGCCCGCCGUGCCGCUGCUGGUGGGAGCGGGGCUACUGCUGACGCGGCCCCAAAGCCUGCCCCGUCCAAGAAAAAGAGACCGGCCACUGACGGCCAGAAAAAGUUGACCGAGGCCGGCGUGAGCGUCUCUAAGAAGACGAAGAGGGCUCCUUCCCCUUCUCCGGCUAGUGAGGCCGGUACGCUUACUGUCCCCAGCGUGGGCGAUGGUGGUCCCAUCGUGGACCUUACUGUUGCUGGCGAUGCCGCCCCAGCGCUUCCUCUCGUCCAGGAACCACGGACGCAGAGGGCCGGCAAGGAGAUCGCCGGUGCCACCUAUCAGAAAGUGAUAGAGUACCCCGUCGGCGGGGGCGUGUUUAAUGAGCUCGUCCCCGGCCACGUCGUCCUGGCCAAGGCUAUGCCGGCCAAAGAUCGGGCUCAUUUGAAGAAGCUCGAGGACCCGAAGAUUUAUGAGGGCGGCAUGGAUCUUCUCGUCCAAGUAAGUGAUUGUCUUUAUAUUCUUGUCUCUCUUCGUCUAUGUAGAGUUUUUGCCUGACCUUUGUUUUUCUUAUGCAGAGUGCCUUCAUGCUUAUGGAAAGCCAUAAGAGGCAGUACUGGGAGAUAGUCCGCCUGCAAGCGCUGGAGCAGAAGGCUGCCUCGGCCGACGAGGCGGUAGCUUGCCUUGACCGGCUCCGAGAGGAUGCCAAGGCGCUGCAGGCCAAAGCUGAUGAGGCCGUCGCGGCCAGGGACGUUGCCCUGGUCAAGCUCGAAGAGAGCAAAAGGGAGCUCGCGGAGUCCCAUAGGGCACUUGAGGCCGAGAAGCGCAGGAGCGAGGAGGCUGCCAAGGCGAAGGCUGAGGCCGAGGCCGCCGUCGUGAAGGCUGCCGAUGAGGCCGUCGAGAAGUUCUUGGCCGAGGGGUGGAAGGCCGAUGAGAGGCUCCCUUGGUGCUACGAAGUGGUGGCCGCCAGGCUGGAGAGUUGGGGGAUGAACUCCCCUGCCGGCCGGGAGUAUUUCAGCCGGGAGAUGUCCGUUUACUACAACCUGGGCCAGGAGCGGAUGCAAAGGCUCCUGUGUCGGCGGCUAUCCCGGGCGUUGAAGGCCAUGAAUUACACGUCUGGAUGGGCUAGACGGAACCUGAAGCUGCCAAAGCUGAUGAAGGAUCCCGAAGAGCAGGCCCUGCUUCCGCUGUCGGAGCGGGAGUCCCCCAUAGAAAGCUCCGGCUUCGGCGAGCCGGACUACACUGAGUUCGACUUCCUUGAUGAUGCUACCAGUGCUGCACCUCAUGUCGGCCAAGAAGCUGAGGAUGAAGAGGGAGCUGAUGAGGCCGGUGAGGCGGCCGCAGAUGGAGGUGCCCCCGAAGCUUGAGUGGCCAUUUUUGUAAUUAGCUUUUCAAAUUUUUGCCAAGUGAUGUAACGGCCGUAGUGCCCCCCAAUUGUAAUGAAAUUUAUCAAUCGAAGAAAUUUUU